GUGAGGGCUCCUAUAUAUAACUCGGCUCUAGGUGUACAUGAGGCAGAUCUUUUCAAGACGGCGGCUACCCUGAUUAGUUUUAUCUACCCAGCACAAAAUCCAGACCUCCUAAAAAAACUUGCAGAAAAAAAAACUACUGUCUUAGCUAUGGAUCAGGUUCCACGGGUCACCAUUGCUCAGGGAUAUGAUGCACUUAGCUCCAUGGCCAACAUUGCUGGUUACAAGGCUGUGGUACUGGCAGCAAAUCACUUUGGUCGAUUUUUCACGGGUCAGAUCACAGCUGCUGGUAAAGUUCCUCCAGCAAAGGUCUUGAUCAUCGGAGGAGGAGUUGCUGGCCUGGCUUCUGCAGGAGCAGCUAAAUCGAUGGGUGCAGUGGUUCGUGGAUUUGAUACUAGAGCUGCAGCUCUGGAACAGUUCAAGUCUCUUGGUGCUGAGCCUUUGGAAGUAGACUUAAAGGAAUCUGGGGAGGGACAAGGUGGUUAUGCUAAAGAAAUGUCCAAAGAAUUUAUUGAAGCUGAAAUGAAACUCUUUGCCAAGCAGUGUCAAGAUGUUGAUAUUAUCAUUACUACAGCGCUUAUUCCAGGCAAAAAAGCGCCCAUCUUGUUUAAGAAAGAUAUGAUUGAAUCAAUGAAGGAAGGUUCAGUUGUUGUGGAUUUAGCUGCAGAAGCUGGAGGAAACAUUGAGACUACAAAGCCUGGAGAAAUGUAUGUUCAUAAGGGUGUUACACACAUUGGCUACACAGACCUGCCUAGCAGAAUGGCUACUCAGGCCAGUACUCUGUAUUCCAAUAAUAUUAUCAAACUCCUAAAGGCUAUUAGUCCUGACAAAGAAAACUUCUACUUUGAUCCAAAAGAUGAAUUUGAUUAUGGGACUCUGGAUCAUGUUAUUAGAGGAACUGUAGUCAUGAAGGAUGGCAAGGUGAUUUUCCCAGCACCUCCACCAAAUAACAUUCCUCAAGGAGCCCCUGUGAAGCAGAAGACUGUAGCAGAGCUGGAGGCGGAAAAAGCAGCUACUAUUACACCUUUUAGAAAAACUAUGACUAGUGCAUCUGUAUACACAGCAGGCUUAGCCAGCAUGUUAGGACUGGGCAUUGUAGCUCCUAAUAAUGCUUUCACGCAAAUGGUGACAACAUUUGGCCUAGCUGGAAUAGUGGGGUACCAUACGGUAUGGGGUGUGACUCCUGCUCUUCACUCUCCGCUGAUGUCAGUGACUAAUGCUAUCUCAGGACUGACUGCAGUUGGUGGGCUGGUAUUGAUGGGAGGAAACUAUCUCCCUGAAAACACUCCUCAAACUCUAGCAGUGCUUUCGACCUUUAUCUCUUCAGUCAAUAUUGCAGGUGGGUUUCUAGUUACACAGAGAAUGCUGGAUAUGUUCAAACGUCCCACAGAUCCUCCUGAGUACAACUACUUGUACCUACUUCCUGGUGGUGUAUUUGUAGGGGGCUAUGCAGCUGCUCUCAAUGGUGGCUAUAAUAUCGAACAGAUGAUGUAUCUGGGCUCAGGCUUAUGCUGUGUUGGUGCCCUGGCUGGACUGUCCACCCAAGGAACAGCUCGUCUUGGAAAUGCUUUGGGUAUGAUUGGUGUUGCAGGAGGUUUAGCAGCAACUCUUGGAGGCCUUAAACCCUCACCUGAAUUGUUGUCGCAGAUGUCAGGUGCAGUGGCACUCGGUGGUACCAUAGGUUUGACGAUUGCUAAACGCAUCCAGAUUUCAGAUCUGCCUCAGCUAGUGGCUGCUUUCCAUAGUUUGGUUGGUUUGGCUGCUGUGCUCACCUGUGUAGCAGAAUACAUAAUUGAAUAUCCUCACUUCGCUACUGAUCCAGCUGCAAACCUCACCAAGGUGGUGGCGUAUCUUGGCACAUACAUUGGUGGAGUGACUUUCAGUGGCUCUCUUGUUGCUUAUGGAAAACUGCAAGGUAUCCUGAAUUCUGCACCACUGCUCUUGCCUGGUCGACAUGCAUUGAAUGCAGGAUUGCUGGCUGCCAGCAUUGGUGGAAUGGUUCCCUACAUGAUUGAUCCUAGUUACACUACAGGAAUUACUUGUUUAGGUUCCGUGUCAGCUCUCUCAGCCAUAAUGGGUGUCACUUUAACAGCAGCUAUUGGAGGUGCUGACAUGCCUGUAGUUAUUACUGUCCUGAACAGUUAUUCUGGAUGGGCUUUGUGUGCUGAGGGAGCCUGCCUGCGGAACAACAACUUGCUGACCAUUGUUGGUGCACUCAUUGGCUCCUCUGGGGCUAUCCUCUCCUACAUCAUGUGUGUGGCUAUGAACCGUUCCCUUGCAAAUGUGAUUCUAGGGGGCUAUGGCACCACGUCAACAGCUGGUGGGAAGCCCAUGGAAAUUACUGGAACCCACACAGAAAUCAAUGUGGACAAUGCAAUUGAAAUGAUAAAGGAAGCCAAUAAUAUCAUUAUUACUCCAGGUUAUGGUUUGUGUGCAGCAAAAGCUCAGUACCCCAUAGCUGAUCUGGUGAAGAUGUUGAGAGAACAAGGGAAAAACGUCAGGUUUGGUAUUCACCCUGUGGCUGGCCGUAUGCCUGGUCAGCUGAAUGUACUCCUAGCAGAAGCUGGUGUUCCCUAUGAUAUUGUACUGGAAAUGGAUGAGAUCAAUGAAGACUUCCCAGAAACUGACUUGGUCCUUGUAAUUGGUGCAAAUGAUACAGUUAAUUCAGCAGCUCAGGAAGAUCCAAACUCUAUCAUAGCUGGAAUGCCAGUUCUUGAGGUCUGGAAGUCCAAACAGGUCAUUGUAAUGAAGAGAUCUUUGGGAGUCGGUUAUGCAGCGGUGGACAAUCCAAUCUUCUACAAACCCAAUACUGCCAUGUUGUUGGGAGAUGCUAAGAAGACAUGUGAUGCCCUGCAGGCCAAAGUCAGGGAAUCGUAUCAAAGCUAAAUACUGAUUUAUAUUCCACUCAUGACUGUGACUACAGUUUUUGUCACAGAGGUCAUGGAAAACAAGAAUUAGAAGAAUCUCUUGCUGUUGUAAUGCAGCUGGCAUUUGGAGAAGACUGCAUUGACUCCUAGGAGAUGUAGUUCAGUCAUGGGAUGUAGGCUUUUAUGAAAGGAUGGGCACAGUAGCCCUUCAAACUAGAUCUCCCAUGAGGCAAUGCAUUAAAGAACCAAAAUGUGCUUUUUAAGGUUAACAUUGAGCUGUUAGAAGCAG